UUUAUUUCGUAAUCUCAUUCUCAUUGUUUUAUGUGAAAUACAGAAUAGAACAUUUUUCGGGUGAUGUUUUUUAAAUUUUGUGCAACUAACUUUUAAUGCAGUUUUUUUUAAAUAUAAGCUUUCUUAAUGAAUUCAAAUCGGUGCGCGAUGACUGUAGUGACAGAUUGUUCCACUUACAUAAGACCUAUAAUAGCUAUUAUCUUCUACUGAAGUUAUUUGUGCACCGAUCUUGAGAGAUUUACUAUGAGUACGGUAAAAAGUAAUCUCAUUAUUUAUAAAUAUAAUAAAUUAGCAUAGAUAUUUGCGUUUUAACCGAUUUACAUGAAAUUGAGUUAAUGAAUUUUGCCCUGCGUAUUCAACUAAAGAAAUGUUAGAAUUUUAAAUCGGUUUUUGAGUGAAAUACACUUCCUUAUUAUUAAACUUUGUGAACUUGAUAUUAAAGUCUUAAUAUAUUACAGCACCUUUGACGUCUUUCCUUAACCCUUUAUUAACCAUAUUUGAUUCACUUUUAAACGUAAGAAUAAUUGGUCAAAGUUUAUAUUGAAUAGAAAAAUUAACCCAAUAGAAACGGCCUUCGCUUCGAGACACGAUUAACUAAUUUAUCUUUUAAAAGGGAGAAUUUAGAAUUGUUUUCAUCAUUCGUUUAUUAAAGGGUGAUUUUUGAAGAGAUUGUAAGGCGGGAACGAUCAAUCCUUAUUACACAUAUAAUCAAACUGAUAAAAUAACUGUACACUUAAAAUGCUCGUGUCAUAUUAGGACCCAACUCGAUGCAUUGCCGACCAGCGAACCGUUUGCUAGGGUUUCCUGCACCCAGCAACUCACUCAUUGGUCUGCUGGCCAGCUGGGACGACAUCCAAGUCCCUGGUAGGUCGAGUGUUCUAUGCCAAUCGACGAAAGGCGUGCCUUUUCCAAAAAUGCAGCGAACACCGUUAUAAAAACGGGGAAGAGUAGCAGUGCUACACUUGUCGCUUUCACCCAGCAGUACCCCGCCAUCCGUCAGCUGCAUAACCGCAGCCAGCAUGGCCCCUACUUGGACAACUUAUGUUUGCUUAAUUACUUUGGUUUCAAUGUUAGCGUGCAUGCACACCAGCGGACGAAUUACUGUUGAUGGAGCAUUAUAUGGGGAACGAUUAGAAGAUGCCAUCAAAGACUUUGUUGACGAAUGGGACAGACAUAACAAUGGUUCUUGGAAAUUAGACGACGUGGUUAAUACUUUCAAAUCGGAAGAACACGACAACAGAACAGAAGACCAGGAAGUACAAAUGACACGCAAUUGUUCACGUUGUUUAAUGCACGAUGACAUGAAAGCACUAAGGAUAGACGCAAUUAAAUCUGAGAUCCUUAGUAAACUCGGUCUUCGUCAUCCUCCCAACAUCUCCGGAAAGGCAGUGCCGAAAAUUCCACCUCUUCACCAAUUACUCGAUCAGUACGAUAUGCAAAAAGAUGCUCCCGGAGAACCUUUCAUGCCUGGACCUCAGUUUGAGGAGGAAGUAGAUGAUUAUCAUGUCACUGCUGAAAAACUUAUUAGUUUCGGUCAAAGUCCUUCGAUUAAAUGGAAUUUUCCGGCCGACUAUCGCUAUCAGUACUUUAAGUUCUCGGCUAACGUGAUCAACUCGCACGUGACAGGAGCCCACUUAUGGUUGUAUAUACGUCCGACCCCGUCCUCGCUCGAUUCUAUUGCCUGGAUAGUGGUUUAUCAGGUGAUGAGAGGCGAGACUUCACCAUCUUUAUUACAUGUUAAAGCAAAGAAAGUGGACACAAAGUUGACACAUGGAGGCUGGGCAACAAUCGACGUGAGAAAAAUUGUAUCUAGAUGGCUGAGACAUCCGAAGGACAAUUUAGGUUUUGCUAUUCGUUCGUACGACAGUGAAGGACGUGAAUUAGCUGUUACGGAACCGAAAGAAGGUGAAGAAGCAUGGAGACCAUUUAUCGAAAUGAAAAUAGACAAGCAGCGCCGUCGCCGCACAAAACGUAUGAUAGGGUUGAAUUGUGAAGAGAAUUCGAACGAAGUGCGAUGCUGUCGUUAUCCGCUGACAGUAGACUUCGAAGAAUUCGGAUGGGAUUGGAUUAUAGCUCCCAAACGUUACGAAGCUAACUAUUGCAGUGGAGAAUGUCCUUACGUGUUUUUACAAAAGUAUCCACAUACUCACCUGGUGCAACAAGCUAACCCUCAAGGUUCGGCGGGACCGUGUUGUGCCCCCCGAAAAAUGUCACCUAUUUCUAUGCUUUAUUUCGACGAAGAGUAUAACAUAAUUUAUGGCAUGCUACCUGGAAUGGUAGUUGAUAGGUGUGGAUGUUCGUAAAGUAAUGGCCAAUAGCAAUGAAAUUGCUCUUACCUUAAGGAUCGAUCGACGGAAAGAUUGUCAACAAUCUGUGUUACCAUCGUCGAUCAAAGUUGACUAAUUUAUUUCUGAUAAAGAUUGAUUAGAUUUUAUCUUCUAUAUAGGAAGUGCCACUGGAACUGAAAACGCAAAUCACCAUCUCAUUAUACGAAAGAGAUUCGGCUUUAUGCCGUAGACCUAUAAAAGACUAUUUCGUCUCGAUUUUACAUUAAAAGCUGUGUUAGCUGACUAUUUCCGCAAUUGUACGGUUCCCAGAAAGGAACUGUACAAGUGGAUUACCACCAAAGAAUGCACGGGACUGUAGUUGUAGAAUGUAACUUAUUGCACGUUUAGUUAUAUGGCGUGUUUGUAUUCCAACAGAGAAACGGUUCGGUCUGUAUAUUUUUUAAACAAACAAAUGAAAA